AUGCCUCGUCGUGCACGGUGGAUUUCCGAAGAGGAGUCGGAGUUUUCUGAGUCGGACGUUUCUCUGGAUAUUCCCCGUCACAGACACUCGGUCAGAAGACGCUCGGUAUCUCGUCAGCGCUUCAACCCUGAGAUCAGCAGCACAAGCUUUCUCAGUCCUGUUCUGCACGAGGACAUCCGUGUCCAUCGCUCCGCUUCAACCGGUGGUCGGCGACGCCACGAGGCUCCUCAGCAGCUGCAGCAGCUGCCGCCUCCCCCGCCUCCUGCGAUCAUCGUCGACAUCAAGAAUGAUUCGCGGAAUAGGAGCACCAACAGGAGUGCCAACAAGAACCGCAAGCAGAGACAGGAAGAGAUGACUAUACUUGAUAUCGACUCUGAAGAUGAAACAGUCCUCCGACGCAGCCGCCGGCCUCAGUCUAUGAUGCCUGUCGCUCGCCCAGCUUCUCCCCGCCGCCAGGAGGCUCCAGCUGCAGUUCCAGCUGCGGUUCCGGCUGCGGCUCCGGCUGCACCACCGGCUGCACCACCGGCUGCAGUCCCCGUUCAGCGAGAGGUUUCGGCCUCUCCUCGCCACCAGCGUGAUUACGAGCUGGUGAUCGACCAGCGGAUGCUUGAGAGAAACGAUGCUCGCCAGGAUCUCGAGCUCUUAAAGCAGCAGAUUGAGAUCGAGCGUCUGGAGCGGGAACUUGCCCAUCGGCGUCAUGAGCAGGUCACUCACCAAGGUCCUCAACUCGUCAAAGAAGAAGAGGAGUGGUAUGAGGAUGAGAUCAGCGAGCGUCUCAGGCGGCUUGAACGGUUCGAGAAGAAGCAACGGAUGGAAGAAGAGCAGCGCCAAGCUGAAUUCCGGUACAAGCUACGGAAAUUCGAAGAAGCGGAGCGUCAGGCUGCCGAGCAGGAAGAGAUCCGGCAAAAGUUGCGCGAGGAGAAGCUGAAGGAACUGCAGCGCAAGAUCGAAGAAGAAGAAGAGCGCGAACGUAUCAAGAAGGAGAUCCGCGACGAAGAAGCACGGCAGCUACUCGCGAAGAUGGAGCGAGAGAAGAAGGAGGCGGCCAUGAAGCAGGCCGCCAUUGAUGAGUGGAGGCUUGAGCAGGAACGGCGACGUAUCGCUGAGCGAGAGGAGAAGGAGCGAAAGGACCACGAGUUCAGGAACCGGCUGCGGAUGCAGUAUGGCUACACCGAAGCAGAGAUCGAGGCCAUUAUCAACCGAACGAAGAAUCCGCCCAAAGAAGAGAAGAAGAAGGAAGAGAAGAAGGAAGAGAAGGAGGAAAAGAAGGAGGACAAGGAAAAGGAAAAGGAAAAGGAGAAAGAGAAAGAAAAAGAGAAAGAGAAGGAGAAGGAGAAGAAGAAGGAAGAGAAGGAGCUUGACCAUCAACGUACAACCUGGAUCAAGGUCCAUCGCAAGUACAUUUCUACCGACACACUCGUUGCCUAUCACUUGCCUUGGGAUUUCGAUGAGCUCGACGGUAAUUACCUGAUCAUCAAGCAAUGGAUCUCCGAGGACUUGCAGGAAGAGCUGUUUGCCCACACACGACGCUUACGCGAGGGCAAGCUCAUUACCGAGACCUCGAGCAGUCUGACCGAGCUCAAGGUGAACGAUCGCAAGAAAGACAGAAUGUAUCUUGUGCGCAAGAAGAGCCCCAACCGACGGGCAUGGAUCUUAACAUAA